CAUUGGUUUCAGAGAGAAUGGAAGUUGGAGAAAGAUCUGUAUGUCUAAAAAAGUUUGUGGAGUAAAGUUAGAACACCAUAUUACACAUAUGCCAUGGUGUUGCUCAGAAUUUUAAUUAUUGAUUCUAAUAUCCUGUCUCUUUUUGUUACAUUAAAAAAUAUUCCGUUAGAAUGCAGAACAGUUGAUCUUUCAACAGAUGAAGAGGAUGGAACCUACGAUGCCUCAGAAACUAAGGAUGAUCAGAGUUCAUCUUCCGACAGCUCUAGCUCUCUGGAAGAAGAAUUUUCAUCAAUAGUAAAUAUCCCUGAUGCAGCUUUUAUUCAGGCAGCCCGCAGAAAACGUGAAUUGGCUAGGGCACAAGAGGACUAUAUUUCUUUGGAUGUAAAACAUAUUUCUACCAUUGCUGAUACGAAGAAAGAUAGUGAUGAAGAUCCUGAGAGUGAGCCUGAUGACCAUGAAAGAAGAAUACCAUUUACCCUAAAGCCUCAAACACUUAGACAAAGAAUGGCUGAAGAAACAACAACCGGAAAUGAAGAAACAAGUGAAGGAAGUCAGGAAGAUGAAAAUCAAGAUAUUUGGGAACAGCAGCAAAUGAGGAAAGCAGUUAAAAUCAUAAAGGGAAGAAACGUAGAUCUUUCUCACAGUAGUGAAUUUCAAACAGUGAAGAAGUUUGAUACUUCCAUUUCAUUUCCACCAGUAAAUUUAGAAAUUAUAAAGAAGCAAUUAAAUAGUAGAUUAACAUUACUACAGGAUACUCACCGCUCACAUCAGAGGGAAUAUGAAAAAUAUGUAGAAGAUGUCAAGAGCUCAAAGAAUGCCAUCCAGAACCUAGAAAAUUCGUCAAAUCAAGCUCUAAAUUUUAAAUUCUAUAAAAGCAUGAAAAUUUAUGUGGACAAUUUAAUUGACUGUCUUAAUGAAAAGAUUAUCAACAUCCAAGAAAUAGAAUCAUCCAUGCAUGCACUCCUUUUAAAACAAGCCAUGACCUUUAUGAAACGCAGGCAAGAUGAAUUAAAACAUGAAUCAACGUAUUUACAACAGUUAUCACGCAAAGCUGAAACAUCAACAAAUGGAAGCUUGGCUAUAGAUGAAAAAACUCAAUGGAUUUUAGAAGAAAUUGAAUCUCGAAGGGCACAAAGAAGACAAGCAAGGGCACUUUCUGGGAAUUGUGAUCAUCAGGAAGGGACAUCUAGUGAUGAUGAACUAUCUUCAGCAGACAUGGCUGACUUCCAAAAAAGUCAAGGUGACAUUUUACAGGAUCAUAAGAAGAUCUUUGAAGAUGUGCAUGAUGAUUUUUGUAAUAUCCAGAAUAUCUUGUUAAAAUUUCAACAAUGGCGAGAAAAGUUUCCAGAUUCUUAUUAUGAAGCUUUCAUUGGUUUAUGCAUACCAAAGCUUUUAAAUCCCCUAAUACGAGUUCAGUUGAUUGAUUGGAAUCCUCUUAAGUUUGAUUCCAUAGGUUUAAAACAGAUGCCAUGGUUCACAUCUAUAGAAAAAUUUAUAGAUAAUAGUAUGGAAGAUUCAAAGAAGGAAGAUAGUUCUGAUAAGAAAAUCUUAUCUUCUGUCAUCAACAAAACAAUUAUUCCACGACUUACAGACUUUGUAGAAUUCAUAUGGGAUCCUUUGUCAACCUCACAGACAACAAGUUUAAUAGCUCACUGCAGGAUGAUUCUUGAAGAACAUUCCACUUGUGAGAAUGAAGUUAGUAAAGGCAAACAGGACUUACUUAAAUCCAUUGUUUCAAGAAUGAAGAAAGCAAUAGAAGAUGAUGUUUACAUUCCUCUGUAUCCAAAAAGUGCUGUAGAAAACAAAACAUCACCACAUUCAAAGUUCCAAGAAAGACAAUUCUGGUCAGCUCUAAAGCUCUUCCGUAAUAUUCUUUUUUGGAAUGGACUCCUCCCAGAUGAUACCUUGAAAGAGCUAGGACUGGGGAAGCUACUAAAUCGUUACCUUAUCAUAGCUCUUCUUAAUGCCGUGCCUGGUCCAGACAUCGUUAAAAAGUGCAACCAGAUAGCAGCAUAUUUACCAGAAAAAUGGUUUGAAAAUUCUGCUAUGAGAACAUCUAUUUCCCAGCUAGAAAACUUCAUCCAGUUUUUAUUGCAGUCUGCACAUAAACUAUCUAGAAGUGAAUUCAGGGAUGAAGUCAAAGAAAUAAUUCUUAUUCUGGUGAAAAUAAGAGCUUUAAAUCAAGCAGAAUCCUUCAUAGAAGAGUAUCACUUAGACCAUCUUAAACCAGUAAUUAACCAAGUUUGAGUAAACUUUAUAGGGAAGUACUAAAGGAGAUUUUAGUACAGUCACACUCUGCUCCUUUGCUGGGGCGAAAAAAGCUGGUGCUUCUUUAUUCCUAGCAAUGGAGGCGAGGAUUUGAAAACAAAACAAAGGACGGGUUUCAUCCCUUCACUCCCUGUUUCAUGAAAGGCUGCCCUCCUGAUUCUGUGGAAAUUAAGCACAUGGGCAGUUAAGAGUUUAACAUAUGUAUUUCCCUUUGAUUCUUGUGGCAGCGUUUCCAAUUUAAGAGAGGAGUUGGCGAGACCUUGCCUUGUAGCUGCUUUGACUUUAGCGAGUCUGAUGUCCUGAUCCACAAAAAUGCCUUUUAGUUCUCUUCAUUUUAAUUAUUUAAAAGUGUAAAUCAAAAGCUUUAUUUAUAAAUCAGUUUAAAUGGAAAUCUUAAUUGGAAUGAAUGAAUUUUUUGUUAAGUAUUAACUGAUUACGGCUUUUUAAGGCUUUGAUAAUUAAUGAUGAUCAAAUUGUCCUUCAGAAAUAUAUACCAAGGUAUUGUACCAACACAAAUGCAAGAGAGGCCAAUGAAUCCCCCAGCAAUCAUUUUUUUAACUCUGCAAAUUUAAUAGGUGAAAAUAUCUUAUUUGAAUUAUGUGUUUGGGCUAUUAGAGAGUGAAUACUUGUUUUUUGGCCAUUUGUAAUUCUUUUUGACAUGUUCAUUCAUUGUUUUCCUGUGAAUUUAUGAGAGCUUCAUAUAUUUAAAGAUGUUUUGCAUGUCCUGUGUCAGUUGCCAUUUUUCAUUUAAUUUUGUGUAUAUUUUGGUGUAAUAAGGCAUUACUUGUUGGGAAGUUUUGUCGUAAAAAGCCAAUUUAGAUAAGAAAUAGGUAUUUUAAGUAUCAGACCAUGUAAUUAAUUUUCUGGAUAAAGUAUUUGUAUAAUUAAGAAAAUCUGAGGCAAGGGUUAGAGUUGAAUCUUUUCAAAGUAGAGAUUAAUAAUAUUUCUUAAAUCUAUUUGUAAAAUAACUCAGUGGCAACCCUAAAGAUUAUCAGGAAAAAAAUGGAUUUUUUUGUAGGAUUUCAGCAUUUGACCUCUGACACUGUCACCCCUAACUUCGAAGCUGCAUAUAUUUUAAUGGAUUAAUGUGUUUUUUAAGUUUAUUUUAUUACACAAAUUAUACAGGAAUAGAAUCUCAUCUAAAAGAUUCAAACUAUUGCUGAAAGCAUUUAGCAUUCCCACACAAUUAUUGUUCCCCGAGGUAACUGCUGUUUUCAUUUCAGUGUUACUCAGUGUUACUCUUUCAGACCUUUUCUCUUUUUACAAGAGAAAGAGAGAGAGAGAGAGUGUGUGUGUGUGUGUGUGUAGCUUUGUUGUUUACAUAAAUGACAGUAUUUUAUUGCUCUAUUGCGUAUGAAAUUUGUAAAAUUUUUUACUUUUUAAGUAAUACACAUUUGGAAACUUC